AUGGCAUCAGCCUCCCAAAUGGAAAACCCGCAUGAAAAGGUGCAGAUUAAUAUCUUGGCAAGGAUUAUCAGUAACGUUGAACGUUUAAAUCAGAGUGUAGCUACCCUCAACCAGGAGCUACAGCGUAUUAAUAGCAGAAAUAAAAAUAUCGAAAUAAUGGGUCAAAUGUGUGAAAACUACGGCAACGCCAUCGAAUUUAACCUUGAUACUACUGGGAAUAAGAAACCUCCGGUAUGA